AUGGGCAACGAAGGAAAUAAAACCGGAUCAUCAGCCAGCGGUACCAUCCCAAUGGAGCAAGUCAUGGAAAGAACAGUCACCAACUUUUUGCAGGCCUUGCAAACCAGCAUAACCAAUGGGACACUAGAAAGACGAGAAGAACCGACUAUGAUUAAACAAUUUCAGGAUCAGAAACCCACUACGUUUAUCGGCAGUCCAAACCCACUAGUGGCAGAGGCUUGGGUUAGGGACAUGGAGAAAAUCUUUCGCGCGUUACCUUGCAUAGAAAGACAGAAGGUGACUUUUGCCACAUUCAUCUUCAAAGACGAUGCACGAGAAUGGUGGCUUCUUACCCUGGAGAAGGAAAAUAUUGUGAUUUGGGCAAGAUUUUUGGAGGUCUUCUAUGAAAAAUGCUUUCCAGAUUCACUACGGGAACAAAAGGUGUUAGAAUUCAUACAUAUAAGGCAAGGAACCAUGACAGUGACCGAAAACGAAAGCAAGUUCACACAACUGACCCGAUUCGCGACAUACGUCAUCCCCAAUGAAGCUCGAAAAGCUAGGAAAUUUGAAGCUGGAUUGGAUCCUGAAAUCAAAGAUAGGCUGGAGGUUUGA